AUGAUUAAUGCCGUCUUGGUUUUCAAUAACAAUGGCCAACCGCGCUUGACCAAAUUCUACACACAGCUGGAUACAGCUGUUCAACAACGUCUGAUCUCUGAGAUCUUCACCUUGGUCUCUGCUCGACCGUCAUCAUCAUGCAACUUCUUACCACUGCCGCCUCUUCUUGCGCCUGCUCAGUCCUCGGCUAUAUCGGACUCCCACAACGACGUUCCUUCGCUGGUCACAUACCGGCACUAUGCAACUCUUUAUUUCAUUGUAAUCAGCACGAGUACCGAGUCCCCUCUGGCCCUGCUUGAUCUUAUCCAAGUCUUUGUUGAGGCACUGGAUAGACUCUUCGAGAAUGUUUGUGAGCUCGACCUCAUCUUCAACUUCGAAACGUUACAUGCCGUCUUGGGCGAAAUGAUUGUCGGUGGGGUGGUGAUAGAAACCGGCUUAGACAAAGUGGUACAAGGCGUAAAAGCCCAAGGAAAGGUGACUAAGCGGCCAGUAAACGAGGGCAGCCGCACUGGUGGUCUCGGUCCUGGCAUAUGGGCUGGUAGAUGA